AUGGAGAAAGUCUCACAAUUGAAAGACCAGGGCAACAAGGCGCUGAGUGCAGGGAAUAUUGACGAGGCUGUCCGUUGCUACACUGAAGCCUUGGCCCUCGACCCCUCAAACCAUGUCCUCUUCAGUAACCGCUCGGCUGCACACGCUAAAAAAGGCAACUAUGAGAGCGCCCUCCAGGAUGCCUGUCAGACCAUCAAGAUCAAGCCUGACUGGGGCAAGGGUUACUCCCGCAAAGCAGCAGCGUUAGAGUUUCUUGGCCGGUUGGAGGAUGCUAAAGCAACUUACCUAGAGGGACUCCGACAAGAGCCAAGUAAUCAGCAGCUCAAGGAGGGUCUGCAGAACAUCGAGGCCCGGCUAGCAGAGAAAAAGAUGAUGAACCCCUUUGCAAUGCCCAACUUGUUUGAGAAGCUGGAGAGUGAUCCUCGGACACGUGAGCUGAUGUCAGAUCCAAGCUAUAGAGAAUUGUUGGAGCAGCUCAGGAACAAACCAUCAGAGCUUGGCACGAAGCUGCAGGAUCCCAGAGUGAUGACCACACUCUCAGUGCUGCUGGGACUAGACCUGGCUGGGAUGGAGGAGGAGGAGGAGCCCACUCCCCCUCCACCCCCCAAACCAAAAGAGACUCAGCCACCUCCUCCUAAAGAGGAAGACCUACCUGAAAACAAGAGAAAGGCCUUGAAAGAAAAAGAGCUUGGGAAUGCUGCAUAUAAGAAGAAGGACUUUGCUAAUGCACUGAAACAUUAUGAAGAAGCAAUCGGUCAUGACUCAACCAACAUGACUUACAUUUCUAACCAAGCAGCUGUGUACUUUGAGAUGGGAGACUUUGAGAAGUGCAGAGAGCUGUGUGAGAAGGCCAUCGACGUGGGCAGAGAGAACCGAGAGGACUACAGACAAAUUGCAAAGGCCCUGGCUAGAAUUGGCAACUCAUACUUCAAGCAGGAGAAAUACAAAGAAGCAGUUCAGUAUUUCAACAAGAGUUUGACAGAGCAUCGCACCCCUGAUGUCUUGAAGAAAUGCCAGCAGGCAGAGAAAAUCUUGAAGGAGCAGGAGAAAUUAGCCUACAUCAACCCCGAGGUCGCCCUGGAAGAGAAGAACAAAGGCAAUGAGGCCUUCCAAAAAGGAGACUAUCCCUUAGCCAUGAAACAUUACACUGAGGCCAUCAAGAGGAACCCCAACGAUGCCAAGCUCUUCAGUAACAGAGCUGCCUGCUACACAAAGCUGUUGGAGUUUCAGCUUGCCCUGAAGGAUUGUGAAGAUUGUAUCAAUCUGGAUCCCGCCUUCAUAAAAGGCUACACACGCAAGGGAGCAGCUUUGGAAGCCAUGAAAGAUUAUUCUAAAGCUAUGGAUGCCUAUCAGAAGGCUCUGGAGCUUGAUUCAUCCUCAAAGGAAGCCACAGAAGGCAUUCAGCGCUGUGUGAUGAGCCAGGCAGUUAGGAACGACAGCCCCGAGGAGGUGAAGAGACGGGCCAUGGCCGACCCCGAGGUUCAGCAGAUUAUGAGUGACCCAGCCAUGCGUAUGAUCCUCGAGCAAAUGCAGAAGGACCCUCAGGCGCUCAGCGAUCACCUAAAGAAUCCAGUUAUUGCUCAGAAGAUUCAGAAACUCAUAGAUGUGGGACUGAUAGCCAUACGGUGAUGAGGGAAAAGAGCCAGAUGCGUGAGGAAACUUCAAGACCACAGUGGAACAAAUGCAAUUCCCUCCAAAUAUUUCUUCCUCCUUUGCCUUCAAUUUGAAAGUUUUAUUGUCCUCAGUCUUUCUGACUUUGACCUGUAUUUUUUUUUUUUUGUUCGUUUUUUAAUCAGUCUCACAUCUUUUUCAUUGUAUUGACAAAAGCAUCUUUAUGUCAUCUGCAAACCUGAGGACUCCAGAACACUUCCUCUGAAAAAACUGGAUUAAUGUCAACAUGUUAUUAAAAGUACACAUCAAAAUGCAGUACACCACACAUCUGUGUUUACAGGGCAAAUCCACCCUAAAACGGUUCAUGUUAUUCCUGCCAGUGCUUUGGACACAGAUCAGGCAAUCAAACAGAAGAAGGAAAAAAUUAUUACAUGAGCCAAAAUAAUAAUCUAAUGUUCUGAAAGAAUGUCACAAUGUGAAAAUGCCAUUAUUAGUUAUAACCUCUUUUUUCCCCUCCCCUGUUCUCUGAAAGGCUUGGAUAAACAUGCUGCUUGGAAGACACAAAACAUACAGCUUUUUAUUCCUCACUGCUCCCUCUUGUCCUCCCUCAGCAAAACACUUAGUAAUUCUUGUAAACACAUUGUCCAUUUUUACUCCAGUCCAAAUCAUUUGAAAUGGAUUAUUUUCAAGCCUCGAUUUCUUUGGUAAGGCAGUUUACGUUUGUGUGCGUGUGCGUGUGUGUCUCAACACAAUUCUGGUUGAAAUAGUUCCAUGAAAAGGAGUGAUUCUUUAUUCUGUCAUUAGGGGUCAUUUUCUGGAGCUGCUCCACUGAUUGCAGACUGUGGGAAACUGACCAAAUUGGUGAUAUGAACAAGUAAUAAAUAAGGCACUUGUGUAUGCUAUUACACCUAACAGUACUUAUUUUACACAGUUUCUUUUGCUCUCAAAGCCUAAAAUAGAAAUUGCCCAUAACAUUUUCAAAAGGUGUGUCCGAGGAGCUCUGUCCUACAACUGUCUCUGCUCAGUCGUGAAGCACGGUGCAACUCAAUAUCAUAAAUAUGUGCACAUUGGGACUAAGAGGAACAUUUAAUGUACCUGUUGGAUUUGGGUAAAUAGUAAGUGGUAAGAACACUAUGCAAAUCUGUCAUUGGACAGGUAUAUUGUUACUGAUAGAAGAUUUUAGGAGGUUGGAGUCAUCAUUUUGUUUUUAACACUGUUUAUUAAGGUGCCCAAGCAGCCAUGUUAAUAUUUCAAGCCCAGGCCCAAAGCAUUUACUUACAAACUGAUGAAAUUAUCUGGAAGUAAAGCCCUUUCACUAGCUGAAGCAGAGCGAGGACUGUCAGAAGUCACACACUGAUAAUUAUAUUGAAAUCGCUCUGCUCUCUGCACAAGAUCAUAAUGGGUUUCGUCUGACAGUCUUGGAGAACCUAUUUGAUGGCUCUUACACGCAUAAAAUAUUGUAGAGAUUCAUAACCAGCCAAAGAGCCAUCUCACAGCAUUGUAAUGACUAAGGAUCCAGUGGGGUUGGACCAUUGUAAAUACAUUACAGGGAACAUUGCCAUUACAUUACAAUGAGCAGGUGUAUUAAAAAUAUUGUAUACAGUAGAUUCAUGCUGGUCUCAUUUUGGGUUGUCAAGACUGAAAUGACAACCACUGACCAAAGUGUCAUGACUUGAAUUUGUCCAUGUAAUAGGAAUAAUCUGACUUCUGGUUAUAGGGUGGAUUUAACUUUACUGGUUCACGGAUUCAUGAGUUCAACACUUAAUGUUGCAUUUUUCAUGAUUGUUGGUCUGUCUUGAUGUCCCGAAACCUCAGCACGGCAACCUGUUUGUACCACUGAGGAGGAAAAGCAAGUUCAAAACAUUUUAAAUAACCAGUACAGACUUGUUGGUGCUUUAAGUUCUGAUGUCAUAUAAUUUAUUGGUUUUAGAGGCAGUGAAAUUUACUAAGUGCUAGUAUAACUAUUGAGUAGUAUGCCACACAUGGCUCCAAAUUCCUCACAAUCUCUGUUCAUAAUCACAUCUUCAUCCUGUGAUUUCUUGUGGUCAGAGAUGUUAAAUAUGGAUGGGUUUCCACAGAGCCUGCAUAUGUUUAAGCAUUUCCACAACAGCCUUGCUCCAUCUGGAAUAAUUCACUUGUGCCACAACCUAAGUACAGCAGAAAUAGGGGCGAGGGAGGCCGGCAUUUCUAUCAUUUAAGUACCAUUGUAAUAACAGCCAGCACAUGAAUAAUGUGGCACUAUAAGUGAUGUAAAAGAAAACUGUAAUGUACGAGUGGAAAUUGCUCCUGUUCUGCAAAAUAUAUCUGAAUGUAUUGA